AUGAUCUACGUAUGCGGGGCGAAGGGCGGCGUGGCGGGCGCGCGCCCGUUCCGGUGUGGUGUGUGGUGUGUGGCGUUGUCAGUGCGCCCCCCCCCCCACCCUUCUCACUCUACUUCUCCUGCGUACUAUGUUGUGCUCGCCAGGUUCAUCGCGCUAAGCAAAAAGGUAAUGGAGGCAUACAAGGAACUUGAGAGGGUCUUUACAAAACUCUAUCGCUAUGGGCAUUUGUUGCUUUUGGCGGAUUGGGAUUCGCAGACGAUGAUGCCUCCGAAGGGGGCUGAGGCACGUGGCGCUGCGAUGGCGGAGCUUCAGGUGCAUGUGCAUGGGAUUAUCACCGAUGCAAAGGUGCGAGCACUGCUCGAAGAAGCUGAAAGGUCAGCGGGAGCUUUUGGGGAGCUACAGCGU